AUGCAUAGUAAAUUCAUACAGCGGGGGGGCUGGGCUGUUUUACUCUGGCCUUUUCUGUUUACCAAAUGCAUCCCACUGGAUUGUCAGGAUUGUCCGUCCAUCUCUCAGGAGAAACUUUUAGAUCGAGUCAUCCAGCACGCUGAGCUUAUCUACCGCGUCUCUGAAGAGUCCUGCACCUUGUUUGAGGAGAUGUUUGUUCCCUUUCCACUGCGUCUUCAGAGGAACCAGGCGGGCUACGCAUGCAUCACCAAAGCCUUACCUAUUCCCAGCUCCAAAAGUGAAAUCCAGCAGAUCUCUGAUCAGUGGCUUCUCCAUUCAGUUAUGUUGCUGGUACAAUCUUGGCUAGAGCCUCUGGUUUACCUUCAGACUACUUUAGAUCGAUACGACGAUGCCCCAGAAUUACUUCUCAACAAAACAAAAUGGCUGUCAGAAAAACUCUUAAGUCUUGAGCAAGGGGUUCUGGUUCUCAUCACCAAGAUACUAAAUGAGGGGAUGGUGUCGACAACUUACAGCGAGCGCGGAAUAUUUCAAUACGACAUGCAGCUUGACAUGUUGGAAUCGAUCAUGAAGGACUACACAUUGUUCAAUUGCUUCAAGAAGGAUGCUCACAAAAUAGAGACCUUUCUGAAGCUUCUUAAGUGCCGGCAAACUGACAAAUACAACUGUGCAUAA